UUCUUCGUGUAGGCUGAUCAGCUGACUGAAGAACAGAUUGCUGAAUUCAAGGAAGCCUUUUCCCUGUUUGACAAAGAUGGUGAUGGUACUAUCACAACAAAAGAACUGGGAACUGUCAUGAGGUCAUUGGGUCAAAAUCCCACAGAAGCAGAAUUGCAGGAUAUGAUCAACGAGGUAGAUGCUGAUGGCAAUGGCACUAUUGACUUCCCUGAAUUUUUAACCAUGAUGGCCAGAAAAAUGAAGGACACAGACAGCGAGGAAGAAAUCCGUGAGGCAUUCCGGGUCUUUGACAAGGAUGGCAAUGGCUAUAUCAGUGCAGCAGAACUACGUCACGUUAUGACAAACUUAGGAGAAAAGCUAACAGAUGAAGAAGUAGAUGAAAUGAUCAGAGAAGCAGACAUUGACGGGGAUGGGCAAGUCAACUAUGAAGAAUUCGUACAGAUGAUGACUGCAAAGUGAAGAGACCUCCUUUACACCUUUUUUCCUCUAGAAGAAUCAAAUUGAAUCUUUUACUUACCUCUUGCAAAAAAAAUGUUCAUUUAUUCAUUCUGUUUCUGUAUAGCAAAACUGAAUGUCAAAAUACCUUCUGUCCACAAACUGCAUGUAAUGGUUGGUGGUCCUGUCCCCAAAAGAUAAACAUCAGUUUUACAAUAUAAAUAAUUGUACUACCUUGAAAAUAAAAAAGGAAGCACUUAGUGAACUCAAAAGUUCCAUUUGCUAAUGACUAUUACACUGUUUGGGCUGGCCAGUUUUUCAUGCAUGCAGCUUGACAAUUGAGCACAGUCAGACAUUUGUAUUAAAAUGAAAAAAACAACCUAAAGGAUCCACUCUUUUGUUCAACAGUGGAUUCUAGUUCAAUUUGUAGUAUAAAUUGUCAUAGCUGGUUUACUUUAAAAUUGGUUUAUACCUCAGGAUGGUAUGCAGCAAAAUGGUUGAAGGAUGCAAAACUUAGAAAAUGCCCUAAAGGUUGAAUGGUUCUCCUGUACGUAGCAGUGUACUCCAAAAAUAUGAUAAUCUUAACUAUGGAUGGCAUGUCUGUGUUAAAAUACUGGUUUAACAUUGUCUGCAUUGCACUAUAGUGAAACGGGUGUCGGGCUGUUACCGUUCACAAAAUUUUUAAGAAAUCUUCACCAAGGGAGCAUCUUUGGACUCUCAUAUUUUUAAAACCUUCUGUACCAUGACUUGGAGCUGGCGGAGUAGCCUGUGGACUUCAGCACAACUACCAACAUCGCUGUUCAAGAUAUUACAAUUUAUGUCCAUUCCAAGUUGUAAAUGCUAGUCUUUUUUUUCCAAUAAAAGACCAUUAACUUAAAGGUGGUGUUAAAUGCUUUGUAAAGCUAAAAUAUAUAUAUAAUUGAGAUAAACCAAAAAAGCAGUAGGAGGGAAGUGUUUCUAUGAAUGACUUGCUGCUAAAUUAUAAUGCACAUGUAUGCAAUAAGUUAUCCCCUAUCUUUUCAAGAUGGCAAGAACUGACCUCCUGUAACCCAAGACCUUUGCUAUAAAUAAAUGAACUUGUGCUUGCCUUUCAUAUUACGACAAUGUUAAUUUAGUUGGUCUCAAAGUCGUGUAAUGCUGACUCGUCAACUAUCAGCACAGAAGUAACACCUCAUUUCACUAAAGUGGAGAGCUCUGAGCAUGCAUGUCAAUACUGGGGAAACAUGUAUAGGUUGCUUAUGGUUUUUUUGACAGGUUAUAGAAACCAGUUGGAGAAUUUAAACAGCAUGGACUUCAUAGAUAUCUAUGAUUCUCAAACAUGCCAAAAAUGCAUUUCUCUACCCACAGAAAGAAAAUACAAGGACAUUUCUUUUACAAUAUGUAAAAAAAAAAAGCCUUUUUGGAAACUGGGGCUGUUAUGUCUUGACUAUCUUCUCAAACACUUGCAUGAAUUUUGUGGGGUGGAGAAGAGGACUAGGGUUAAUUUAAAAACCAUCUUGUUACUUCUGCUUUGCAUGCACUAGCAGUGCUUAGUCAUUCCAGGUCUCUGAGUAAGUGUUCUCUGAUCCUUCAGCUUCUUCAUGAAUGAGUGGUGAAGCAGCCAUGUCCACUCUUCUUUCUUUGAGAGAUGACUGCUUUUUCUUCUUUUUUUUUAAAUAGCAGAGCCUCCAUGUGGAAGGCUUUUAUGCUUGGGAGGGACUGUGGCCUAAUUACUUGACUAAGUUUGUUUCCAAAUGUAGCUGGAGUUGUAAACCUUAAUUGCCUAAUUUCCUUUGGUUUUGGAGAGCACUGAUACUAUCUCUUGAAAGAGGUUCAAGUCUCCAUUCAUCCUGUCUAACUGAGGUGCCUGUGUUAAGAACUUAGUUGCUUGAAAUGCAACUUUGCUCAGUGAGGGUCAAGAGACACCUCCAGAAGGCAAUUGAGACUAUCUGCCUUCAGUGAUUAUUUUUUUAUUUUGUUUUUCCUGGGGGAUGGGGGGGAGUUCUGGGUGACUAGGGACCUAGACACCUUAACCAAGUGCCUAAAGUUAGAUGGGCUGAAUGUAGGCAAUUGUUGCAAUCUCUAGUUGUUGCAAAGGCUUUUUGCUAUGGCUGUGUAUGCUGUCUUAGCAAACUGGCCAUGGUGAUGGGAAUGUCUGACUACCAUUUGAAAGUGGAGUCUUGCAUGGCAGCUGCAAACUUCUACUUCAGUAGUGCUUGGGAGAGGCUGCACUGAUUCUGUAGACCAGCUUUUAAAGAGAACGUACUCAAGAGACAGGCAAGGUAGGAGCAAUGGUUGCUGCUCUGAACUAAUUACUUCUGCCUGAGUGUGCAGAGAGAUCUUGUCUAGUAGGUAAAUGCUUCUUACCAUCUAGCUGUCAUUCACUCACGGUUGGUAGGGUAGUUCAUUUAAGAACAGCUGCUUUUAGCUUAUUUGGUGUGCUCUGUGCUUGCUAGCAAAGAGACCUCGUUCCUGCAGGAGGUUUUUGGCUUGACUAGAAAUUGUCUGGCAGUGUGCAGUGUUGGUAUGCCCUGUAACUGAAUCUGCCUGGAGGUAUCUAAUUAUUAACUGACUUCAGUACCACAUCAACCUCGAGUAAAUGUAUCCUCUGUACAGGACUUUAGCUCUGUUCCCUUCUGCAUAGUGAGUAUCUAGAGAAAUGAAAUGGUGUCAUCAAGGAUUUUUUUUUUCCCCCCCUAUGAGUGUGUGUGUGUGGCUUUAGCUUUUUCCAACUGUGAAAGUGUGGGCUGGAUACACUUGGUGCAUGGCUUAGAAACAUGGGACUGGAAAGAACUUCCUGGGUCAUCAGAUCCAGUCCCCUGCUAUUGCAGGCAACCGUGUCAUAUAAUCCUUUUAAUAAACUGAUCAAGCUUAA